AUGCCGUCGCUGGUGCCUCCUUCUUCAUCGCUCUUCAGCUCCGUUGUCUCGCAGGCCACCAGCGUGCAGGCUAUGCGAGAGCGUCUGCUGUCGACUGCGCCUUCUAUCGGAGAAUCAUGCGCGCAGCUGGAGACGGACUUUGUUGGCGCUGUGAUGUUCGUGGAGAGCUACCACGGUCCUCACCGCAUUUUAACGCAGGAGAACUCGUCGCCCAGGAAAGACUUGUACUCCUUUUACCAACAGGCCACAGCAGGACCCUGUCCUACCACGACACCUCCCGCUGGACUCAGCAAACUCGACCUGUCGAAAUGGGAGAAAUGGCGCAACCUCGGCAACAUGACGCGCCAGGAAGCCAUGAAGCGCUACACGACGGCUCUGGACAAUCUGGUGGACGACUGGCGUCGCAGUGCUAACCUACGUAGUGCGAUGGAUGCAAGAAGCAGCUCAAUGGGGGUGAGUGAAGCAUCCAUUGACAGAACGCCAUCUGAGGCAGGUUCUUCCACGCCUACGCGUGUGAGGAGAUCGACAAGCAUGUUCGAGCGCUUGCCCCGCAUUUGCGAUGAGUUGGGAGAACUACAAGACCGUGUUGAGGACGAGGCCAAGAAGCGCGAGGAGCUGGAAGAUCAUUUACUGCACUUUACACGUGAUAACCGCUCCAUGUUUACCGAACAACUCGAGCAGAUGGAGCAGAUUCGCAACAACUUGGUAUCGCUGGUCAAAAAUCUAGAAGAUGAUGUGGUCCGGCACUCCACUGAUCUGCAGCGGUUGACGCUUCGUCAACAAGAGUUGACGUCACCCGUCGAGAGUUCGAUGCUGCUAGCAGUGGAGGCUCGUGUGCAGCAAGUGCUCCUAGUUGUGCGAGGAUGGGUGCAGAAUCGCACGUUCCGCGCCGCAUUUGUCGUGCUCAUCGGUGUGCGUGUGUGGUAUUUCCUGCGCCGGCGCCGUCUACCUCAGUUCCUGGCUCAAAUUCUCAUCCGCUGGUUGGCCAAAGUGUCGUCGCUCGAUGGCGGGAACAUGCCGCACCUGGUCAAUUCUGCCGCAUCACGACGUGAUUCGUAGCUGUCUUCACUAUUGCGUAUCCCCUACGGACCCCAUUACGGUCAUACUAAGUAUCUAUUUGCAUGUUGGCAUGUGCCGUUAAAA